AUGAUAAUUCCAUUAUGCUUCAAUUCCAUUUUGGAAAGGUUGUCCAGGCGGUGGCCGUUGCUUAUCUACGCCACCACCUGGACCACCAUUUUGACAGUCACCGUAGCGGUGACCUCUUUUGCGCCAGAACUGGCGUAUGUGUGGGCCGUAACUCCAACUUCUUCCUUCUCUCGUCCAUGCCAAGUUCAAAAGGAAGGCAUGGUGCGGGUUCCUUUUGAUGUGCCCUCAGAGCUCUUUUGCCUUCCCGCCGAGAUGUUUAAGAAGUCCAAGAUGGACUUGGUCGUGCCGCCCAUCUUUGCGGCGGUCAUUGUUGCGGCCUCCGCCUGCUUGGUCCGAGCUCUUGGCUUGUGGGAGGUGGAUGAAGUUGAGGCUCAAUGAGCUAGAGACAAAGAUUGUAUUCGUCGUUAAAA